AUGUCUCCGAGUUCCAUGGUCACCUCUCCACCCCCCGUCGAAGCUCGCUCGCUGUCGUCCAUCACCGCCAUCGCCGCCAAUCCCCCCGCAUAUCCGCGCAAUCCCACCCACGAAAAGCAUGACCCCCUGGAGCUGUACAUCGUGAGGGUGCCCGGCAGCCAAGAUAUCUUCCUCUCGCCCGUCAAGCCACCCACGAAAUCGAGUGUCUCGGCGGAGGCGAUCAAUGCAUCCCUGUAUUACCUGCAUGUCGCAACACCCGAAGAUGAUGCGCUGCUGGAAGAAGUGGAGCUCGAGCGCGAGAAGCAACGAUCUCAUGGGCAGGAGGGGUCGGGCGAUACUGCGCAACGUGAUUUUGCUCGGCUGAACAAGCCCGGAAAGCGAGCCGAAUGGUGGUGGUGCUGCGGCGCGGCGGCGGCCAAGGCACUGUUGCUGCCCGCGCAAGAGAAAGUCGGCCUGCAACCAGUGCCCCGCCGGCCAGUGCCUGGAUCGCAGGCCUCCGCGGAAAAGGUACCCUUGGUCAGCGUACCGCAGAUCACCACGACUAUGACGGUACCUGAACUAGUCAAGGGUGAGCCAAGGGACGGGUCGGUGGACUCGGUCAACAACACAAUUCCUCGACGACCGUUGCCCUCACUGCCCGCCAGUGAGACUCCUGUCCCUCAAGAAAUCUCCAUCAAUGACGAGCAAUCUAGGAAGGGGAAUCGGUGGAGUACUUUUGCCAACCACGUGCAAAAUGCACCGAGUCGAAGUAAAGAGGUGUGGAGAGAAAAGGUUGAGACCAUGGCCGCUGGUCGGUAUAGUCUCGAUGCCAGUCGGCCGCAGUUACUGCCUCGUUGGUCGCACAACAGUUCUCGCUCACCAAAUCGAAGCCCCGAGCAGUCUCCCAGCCGUCAGCCACGACCAGUACAUGUCCAUCACAGUGACGCAGGAUUUCGCCUGACGCUGAUCCGGCGCGAUCCGACCUCUGGGACGCAGUGGAAUGUGGCAACCAUAUCUACACCUCGGAUAGAUCGCAAUGCCGUCGAUAUUGAGAUUUCCACGCCUGGAUACAAUCGCUUUGCGGGGUCUCGCGAAACGCUCUCGUUAGCAGACCUGGCUGCGAAUCUGCCACCGGGCAUGUUCCAGUCACCAGGGUCUUCGAUACCUGCGGCCAUCAAGAACGCGUCGUCCAGCGGACAUCCUCCACCGGGGGGGCAGUCGCAGCCAUCUGGCUCAGGCAAAUUCCGCCGUCAACUGUGCGUCUCGCGGCAAUUUGGAGAUCCCCACGGUGGCCCUCGCGGCGUCAUGGAUACGAGUACUGGGCAUCUUCCUGAAGGAUCCAAAUUGAAGAGCGGGUACUACGUGUUCAAUUCGCCCUGGAAUGGCAUCUGCACGUUCUCAUCCAGCGUCAAUGGCCGCAGUCUGAAAUGCAAACACAUGAUCCCCACCCCUGGACACGUCUCACAAGGCGGCGGCGGCGGCGACGGCAACCAGGCAGUGACCGUUGCGGAGAUUCGUUUCAACAUGCCCUUCCAAGCGGCCAGUCUACAUUAUCAAGCCUCGCGUAGCCAGCACGCUCAACAGGGCAAUCAACCUCAUCCUCAUACCGGAGCACCUCAUGCCAGCCCCAGUGCACUUUCACCCCGUCACUUCCCGCGCCUGUCAAGCUCCGAAUCCAACCCCAAUUCCAAACGAAACUCCAUCUCCCAACUUCUCACCACGGGCAAACUCACCCGUCCACGCGCUCAAUCCGGAUCCGGCCUCUAUUCCCAAUCAUCCUCUCCAACCGAUCAUCCCCGCGCAUCUUCCAGUCACGGCCAGCCCACACGCCGCACCUCCUUCCGAUCCGCCUUUUCCCGCCAAAGCGAAUUUCGGCACCAGUACCCGCCCUCACCGAACCAGAACCAGAACCAGCAUCAGCACCACCUCCGCAGCGGGAGCACAAGCAGUGGAGGGCCCGACUCGGAUGAAGAUCGACUGGACUUUUCGUUGGCGCGGGAAUUAGCAGGUGGUGGAAUCCGAGGCAAGAGUGCCAAAUUGGGCAAAUUGGUCAUUGAGGAUGAAGGGUUGAAGAUGUUGGAUUUGGUCGUCGCGGCUUGUAUGGCUGUUUGGUGGAGAGGGUACUACUAUUGA